AUGGCUACUCCUGCUGCUCUGCCCCCGUUGCCGUUCAAUCCGGCCCGCAUACGGACGUACCUUCUUCGACUGCCGCUGUUCACACGCCUCGUCUUGCUUAUUAUUCUGGCUUUCUGGCUGCUGGAGUUGCAGACUAUAUGGAGUGUUGUGCAAUGGGGCGCGUUGAUCCCCGAGGAGAUCAAUCUGGGCACGAUGUACCGCCUUAACACUUACCCUUUUAUCCACACUGGGUUCUGGCAUGCUCUGUUCAACGCCGUUGCGCUUACUCCGCUGCUUGAGCGCUUUGAGGCUGAGCAUGGCACCUUGACUGCUGUUGCAUUGUUUGUUGGACCUCUCUCGACUGUUCCUGCUGGUCUUUAUAUCUUGAUUGAACGGGGUCUUCUUCACAGAAACACUUCCGUCGUCGGUGCAAGUGUCUGGGCUUUCCUCCUGCUCGGCUCAGAGGCUAUAAAGACUUACAAGUCUCAUCCCAACUUCAGUCUUGGCCCCUAUAAGAUUCCCACCUGGACUUCGCCUCUGGUCGCUUGUGUUGUGGUGUCUGUUCUCCUGUCGAACGUGAGCUUCCUCGGCCACAUGUGUGCCAUUCUAGUCGGCUAUCUCCUCGGUCUCGGAUACCUCAAGGUCUUUGUGCCCCCCGAGAAGAUCCUCCGCUGGAUCGAGGGCAAGCUAAACCUCCUCGGACGCCUUCCUCACUACGUUUCUGUGGAUCAAAAGACCUACGGUCGCUAUGGAGUUCUUCCAACUGCCAACAACCCCGCCGGCGCCAGCGGAAACGGAACACCUUUGAGCUUCAUGGGAUCCACACAGCGCCUGGGAGCUUGA